AUGGGCGCAACAAACCUCAUUCCGCUUGUGAUCCUCUUUGCGGUCGUUGGAGGCUUGGGAUGGGUGGGCUAUCAGAUCUUCCUCUACUCCAAUGAGCUCGCUGAACGCGGCGUCAAGAAGAUGGAAAAGAAGAACGUCGUCUUCACGAAAGACGGCGCAAAGGUCGGAGUUAAGGAGGUUAGCAACGAGACGUAUGCGGAUAAGACACAACGCGCUUUUGUCAAGACGUGGAACGCCGCGCAUGACGGGUGGGUGGUUGAUGAUUGA